AUGAGGAGAUGGGCACGACGAAGCUCCAUCAGGUCUUCUCCAAGCUCGAUGGACGGCGACAACAACAUCAACCGGGAUGAGCUCAGCGAGUCGUUAGAAAAUCUCGGGAUCUGCGUGUCGGAGGAAAAACUCCGGGCGAUGAUCGGGAAUAUUGACGCCCACGGAGAUGCCAAGGAGUUCAGCGCCCUAUGCGCGGUGUUGAUGGCAGACGGCAGAGGCGACGAGGGGGACGACCGUGAAGAGGACGUUCGGGAGGCAUUUAAGAUUUUUGAUCGGGACAAGGCGGGUUCAUCACGGCGGAUGAGCUGA